AUGAAAAUUCUAUGCUUGCAUGGCGUUGGCAGCAAUGGGAGCAUCUGCGAAUCCCAAUUGCAGCCUUUUAUUCGAGCCUCUGACCCAAGCUACGAGUUUGUUUUCGUCGAUGGACCAGAGCCGUGUGAACGAGGACCAGAGUCUAGAACAAACCCUUACCAGUUGAUCACAGGAAUGGCCGCUUAUCAUGAUGGCCCAUUUUUUUCACACAUGCGAGCCUAUGAUCCCCAGAACAUGCAAGCAGCUAUAGAACACUUAGAAGAAGUGAUCGACGAAAUGGGGCCGUUUGACGGAGUUCUGGGGUUCAGUCAGGGUGCCGCUCUCACCAUCUCCUUCCUCCACCAGCGGGUCAACGAGCCCUUACCGUUCAAGUUCGCCCUCUGCUUUUCAUCUGUCAUUCCAUGCUCUGCCGACGCCGCCGUUUGUAACAGCUUGAUAGAUCGCAUAUGCCCUCUAGACAGCGGUGAUGGAGCAUCAGAGGAACAGAGGUUAUUCUCAGAGCUUCUCGAACAAACUGUGAUCCCGGCGCAACAACACAACUCAAUGCUUCCGGAUUAUGAUAUUUCAAUUUAUCAGGGCGAUCAGAAUCUCCUUCAAGCGCCAAGGUUGAUGCCUCCUAGUCUGACCAAGGAAAAGAUACGAAUCCCGACUGUGCACAUGACAGGAAAAAGAGACGCUCCAUUCAUGCGGAGUAUGUCCAAGGCUGCUCUUGGCCUUUGCGAGAAGGGUUCCUUUAAGGUACUGGAGCAUUCUGGUGGUCACGAGCCCCCAAAGGCCCCGGCAGAUGUCAAGGCCGCCGUCCGAGCAAUGGAGUGGGCCAUUGGUCGCAUGGCGCAUCUGUAA